CCCCGCCCCUUGGGGGCUGGGAGGGAGCGGCGACGGCGAGGGUCCCGGGGAGAAGUAGUGGCCGAAAGAGCAGGAGGAAGGACGCGGAGGGAAGGCAGCGGCGGGCAAGGAAGCCAGCCAGCAGCGAGCGAGUAGCGGCGGCGGCGGCGGCGGAGGCCCCGCCAAUGGGGAGGUGAGUGAGGGGGGCGCCAUGGCCGCCCUGUAGCCCUCCGGCCAUGGCCUCCUUCUCGCUCCCUUGCGGGCCCUCCAGCCGCCCUUGAGGGCGUCCCUUUGGGCGCCAUGGCCCUCCUGCUACUGCUCCUCCUGCUCCCUUCCUCUUGCCUUGGCAUCAGCUCCCUGGACCUAGAGCGGCCGGGCGAGGGCCUGGGUCGGUGCCAAGCCAUCGCCAUCCCCAUGUGCCAGGACAUCGGCUACAACCUGACCCGCAUGCCCAACCUGAUGGGCCACGAGGACCAGCGCGAGGCGGCCAUCCAGCUCCACGAAUUUGCCCCGCUGGUGGAGUAUGGCUGCCAUGGGCACCUCCGCUUCUUCCUCUGCUCCCUCUACGCGCCCAUGUGCACCGAGCAGGUCUCGGCCCCCAUCCCGGCCUGCCGGGUCAUGUGCGAGCAGGCCCGCCUCAAGUGCUCGCCCAUCAUGGAGCAGUUCACCUUCCGCUGGCCUGACUCUCUCGACUGCGCCAAGCUGCCCAACAAGAACGACCCCAACUACCUCUGCAUGGAGGCCCCCAACAAUGGCUCCGAGGAGCCCCCCCGGGGAGGAUCGGGCCUCUUGCCCCCCAUCUUCCGGCCGCAUCGGCCCCAGGACUCCCACCAUCAUCAGCAGCCAAAAGACGGCGCCUGCGAAAACCCCGCCAAGUUCCACCACGUGGAGAAGAGCGCCUCCUGCGCCCCGCUCUGCAGCCCCGGGGUGGAUGUCUACUGGAGCCGGGAGGACAAGCGCUUCGCCGUCGUCUGGAUCGCUGUCUGGUCCGUCCUCUGCUUCUUCUCCAGCGCCUUCACUGUCCUCACCUUCCUGAUCGACCCGCCCCGCUUCAAGUACCCCGAGCGGCCCAUCAUCUUCUUGUCCAUGUGCUACUGCGUCUACUCGGUGGGCUACAUCAUCCGCCUCUUCUCUGGGGCCGAGACCAUCGCCUGCGACCGGGACAGCGGCCAACUCUACGUCAUCCAAGAAGGCUUGGAGAGCACCGGCUGCACCCUGGUCUUCCUCGUCCUCUACUAUUUCGGCAUGGCCAGCUCUUUGUGGUGGGUGAUCUUGACCUUAACCUGGUUCCUCGCCGCCGGGAAGAAAUGGGGCCACGAGGCCAUCGAAGCCAACAGCAGCUACUUCCACUUGGCCGCCUGGGCCAUCCCAGCCGUGAAGACCAUCAUGAUCUUGGUGAUGCGGCGUGUGGCCGGGGAUGAGCUCACAGGCUUGUGCUAUGUGGGAAGCAUGGACGUCAACGCGCUGACCGGGUUUGUGCUGGUCCCCUUGGCUUGCUAUCUUGUCAUCGGGACCUCAUUCAUCCUUUCAGGCUUUGUGGCCCUCUUCCACAUCCGGCGAGUAAUGAAGACAGGCGGAGAAAACACUGACAAGCUGGAGAAGCUCAUGGUCCGGAUCGGGGUCUUUUCAGUCUUGUACACUGUGCCUGCAACUUGCGUGAUCGCUUGCUACUUUUACGAGCGGCUCAAUAUGGAUUACUGGAAGGUCUUGGCGAUGCAGCAGAAGUGUAAGGUGAACGGGAAUCAGACCAAACACUUGGACUGCACCAUGAGCGAAUCCAUCCCGGCUGUGGAGAUUUUCAUGGUCAAGGUCUUCAUGCUGUUGGUUGUGGGGAUUACCAGCGGCAUGUGGAUCUGGACCUCCAAGACCCUCCAGUCCUGGCAAAGUGUGUGCAGCCGGAGACUUAAGAAAAGGACUCGGAGGAAACCUGCCAGCGUGAUUGCAAGUAGCGGACUUUACAAAAAGCCCCAGCAUCUGCCAAAAGUCUACCAGGCAAAAUACGAGUCGGCUUUGCAACCCCCUACCUGUGUGUGAACAAAGCGUAUACAAAGUACAUUAAUAAUAAUGACGAUGAUGCUUUUUUUUAAACAAAAACAAAACUACAAGUGUCUAACCCGUGUGAGGAGACUCAGAAGUGCUCACAGUAGCACUCAGAACUAAGGAAAAGCUUGUUAUUUAAUGAAAUUGUGUUUUGUGUUUGUUUUUUUAA